AGGAAGUAGCAGACGGCAUAUAUUAGCCUGUUUUACUUACCAAAUGUGUUUAUAUAUUCCAGCUGGCAUGUUGCGGUGUAAUUACGGUUUACUGUGUACAUAGCUGAUUUAUCUAAUUAGUGUACGAUAGUAAUCAGGUAACCUGUAGUAAAAAAACGUGUAUAUUGGCGUAUGUUGGUAGCACUGAACAAAAGUUUGUAAGCACAGCACCUGCAGAUCUAGGACGUUGAUGGCUGCGGUGAGCUGAAGAGCAGGACCGGAGUGUAUAAAUGACAACAGUAGGAAAGACCCCGCCUGGGGCUGACCCGAAACAGCUGGAGCGUACUGGGACCGUGAGGGAGAUUGGAUCCCAGGCUGUGUGGUCACUGUCCUCCUGCAAGCCAGGGUUUGGCGUCGAUCAGCUUCGUGAUGACAACCUGGAGACCUACUGGCAGUCGGACGGUUCACAGCCUCACCUGGUCAACAUCCAGUUCAGGAGGAAAACAACAGUGAAGAUGCUUUGUAUAUAUGCUGAUUACAAAUCUGAUGAGAGCUACACACCCAGCAAGAUCUCUGUCCGCGUCGGACACAAUUUUCACAAUCUCCAGGAGAUCAGGCAGUUAGAAAUGGUGGAGCCCAGCGGAUGGAUACACAUCCCUUUGCUGAAUCUGGCCAACAGCCCCAUCCGGACCUUCAUGAUCCAGAUCGCAGUGCUGGCCAAUCACCAGAACGGGCGCGACACGCACAUGCGGCAGAUCAAGGUCUACACGCCCGUGGAGGAGACCUCCAUCGGCAAGUUCCCACGAUGCACCACUGUGGACUUCAUGAUGUACCGCACCAUCAGAUGAUGCCAUCACCGUAGCGACCACGUCCCUUCAUUAAUGUCUUUAUUUUGUAAUUAAACUGUCUGAAGUUCAGACAUUACUGUGCCAACAGCGGUCUCUGUUAAGGCUGCCUUUGAUUAUUUGCCUUUUACAAAGUUAUUACUGUGUAACUAGAUUAAAGUCAUUCAGAAAUGUU